CGGGCGGGCGGGAAAGAGAGAGCACGAGUGGAGACUGACUGCCCACAACAUAUUGGGCUUACAUGCACCACGGAGCAGACAGGACUUUGAGAGGUGUGUUGUUCCCUGGGAUUCUGCUUCAGAGGUGAAUACUUUGGCGUCAGAGACCAGCCAGGCUCAUAACACGAAGACUUUGGCGUCAGAGACCAGCCAGGAUCAUAACACGAAGACUUUGGCGUCAGAGACCAGCCAGGCUCAUAACACGAAGACUUUGGCGUCAGAGACCAGCCAGGAUCAUAACACGAAGACUUUGGCGUCAGAGACCAGCCAGGAUCAUAACACGAAGACUUUGGCGUCAGAGACCAGCCAGGAUCAUAACAAAUGAAAUGCAGUCUCAGCAACGUGUGGACAUCCUGGACCAUCUGAACGGCUCUCGUAUCGUCUUCUCUGACGAUGGCCCUCCCUCCAGCCAGCAGCAUCACCUGUCCCCUCCAGACCUGACCCAGGAGGUGGUGGUCAUCUCCCCGGGACUCCCCACCCCCCUUCUCAGCCCCUUCCGUUCCACAAGACUGCCACCCGUGGAGCUCAUUAAGGUCUCAGAGGUCAAUGGGAGUGACCCUCUUACCGACCCUCUUCGUUUUGGAUCGUACUAUGGCCCUGCUCAAUCAAAUGGGGGUCUUUCUAAUGGAGUCCAGACCAGGGGCUCUUCCACUCUGCCACGCAGGGUUGCUACAAGGGAGGAGCGCCUCAUCAAGUUCUCUGGGAUCGGCCCAGUGGAUGAAACAGGGAUGCCCAUCGCCUCAAGAUCAAGCGUGAACAAGCCCAAAGACUGGUACAGGAGCAUGUUCAGGCAGAUCCACAAGAAGCCAGAAGAAACUGACGAGGACUCUGAGCGAUGGUCUGCUGAAAGGAGCCGGGCCCUUGCUGCUGACUCAGCCGGUGGGCAGCAGACUCAGACCCAUAUGGACAAUUACGGAGCCCUCCCUGACUGGAGUGAGCUGGGGGUUGAAGAUAAGCUUUCAGACCGAUGGGGGGAGCCACCACAACCCAGGAGCAUAUUUGACUUUGAGCCUGGACAGAGCACCACCUCAGAGGUCCACAGCCAGCCUCAGGGUCAGCCAGCCCAGAAGCCCCAGCAGCCUCCCAUACAGCUGGCCCAGCACCCUCCCAUACAACUGGCCCAGCAGCCUCCCAUACAACUGGCCCAGCAGCCUCCCAUACAACUGGCCCAGCAUCCUCCCAUACAGCUGGCCCAGCAGCCUCCCAUACAGCUGUCCCAGCAGCCACCACAUCACAGACCCACAGAGAAACCCUGGUCCCCCAUAGAGAAUCCGUCUAAGCCAUCCGCCUUCGAGGAGUCUCUGCUCUCUGAGCUGAGCUGUUUUGAGGCUGAGCUGGACUCGGACAUCCAGGGCCUGGAGAGGAGACUUUCCCAGAAGAAGCAGACGCGGCGAGGCAGGGGUGAGGGUGCCAGGAACGCUGAUCCAGGAACUGCUGCAGGGACGGGACAGGGACAGGGACAACACAGGACAACAGCCCCAGGCUGGCUGGAGGCCACAUACCAGACCUCCUCUGAACCCAACUCCCACGUUCUUAAUCCAGUUACACAUUUCUUCAUCCACUAUGGAUACAUGCACUUGUCCAUCACACUACUGUUGCACUCUUUGACUGGAGCAAAGCAACCUCUCCAUCGUCCCAUUGUCCCCACAACAGCUGUUGCUCAGAGGGCAGCCCCUAGUCCCACACAUGAACGCAUCUCCCCUGCACCUGAAUUCAUGGAGUUCCCAACCAAAAGACAGGAGAAGCAGAUGAAAGCAGCAAGAGCCAAGUUCAAUUUCCAGGCUCAGUCACCGAAGGAACUGUCUCUACAGAAGGGAGACAUUGUUUACAUCCUCAGGCAGGUAGACGCCAACUGGUUUGAAGGAGAGCAUCAUGGGAGAGCCGGUAUCUUCCCCACAACCUAUGUGGAGAUUGUCCCUGCUACAGAGAAGCCCACACCCAUCAAGUCUCCCACCAUCCAGGUGCUGGAUUACGGCGAGGCAGUGGCUCUGUUCACCUUCAAUGCAGACCUGCCUGUUGAGCUGUCCUUCCGUAAAGGAGAGGUGAUCAGUGUAACCAGGCGUGUGGAUGACAGGUGGUUGGAGGGCCGGGUCCCAGGGACUACCAGGAGUGGCAUCUUCCCCACCAACUACGUCCAGGUUAACAAGUUGCCACGCACCAAAUUAUCAUCUGACGACUACCCAGUAUGCCCCAUGUCACCCACAUCCCCAGAGCCAAUGAGUCCAGGACGCCCUCUACACUCACCCUGCUCUCCUUUGACCCACUCACCUCUGAGUCUGACUCCCUCCUCCCGCAGCCCUGAACCAGGAUAUUCCCCCCUGAAGCCGUCCUCACCCAUACCCCAUGGGACAGUAGCUUCCCAUUCACGUUCAUCCCUCCAGCCCUCACUAUCCAAAGAAGCACCCAAUCACUGGCCACACCCCACUUCUGGGCCUGCCUCCCCCACCCCCCAGAGCAACCACUGGGGAGGAGCACAACCGGCUUUGCACAACUCGAUUGGCAGAGCUGCUUCACCGUCCAAUCAGAUGUCCCCAUCUGCCCACAGGGGAGGAGCAGCCCCGAACAACAUUCCCAAAACAAAAACGACCAACAAUGCUGGCUCAACAGUAGUGCAACGCCAACCAUACAAAGCAGUUUACAACUACAACCCACAGAACAGAGAUGAGCUGGAACUGAGAGAGGGGGACAUCGUACAAGUGAUGGAGAAGUGUGAUGAUGGCUGGUUUGUAGGUACGUCAGAAAGGACACAUGCCUUUGGGACUUUCCCAGGGAACUAUGUGACACCAGUGUAACUGCUUCACCCUACCUGUCCACUCCACAACCACAUGGACUGUAGUGGACACAUGACUAUUAGAUCAACCAGCAGCCAUAUGAUCAACCCCUUACCCCAACACCCACUGUCACCAACCUGGUUUAGUCAGGUCUGCAUGUUCACAUCAGCCAGUGACCACAGCUGUUGACCAGUGUGCAGCUAGUCUGGAGGUAGGAACACUGUGUGGUUUGACACCUCACCCCCAGCAUGUGGUCCAUCACUGAAUAGUGUUGGAGUGAUUUUCACAGACACUGCUUGAAUGGAUAGAAUGAAUGCUGAUUAUACUGUUCCAGGUACAGUAUAAAGAAAGAACUUUGUCCUCAUUGACUACAACUCAAAUUACAUUCCUUCAGUACAGUUCAGCUACUUCUAUGGAGUGUUCGGCUUAGCAUGCACCUGCUGCACUUUGUCACCCAAGUGCCAUCACAGACACAAAUGCCUGAGAAUGUUCUCUAUAAUGUAGACAGAAUGAAUGUUGCCUUUUAAAUGUCUUCCUACACUUUGAUUUCAGAUCAAUAAAUGCGUCCUGGGUGUGUCCGAGGCUACAGCACUGAUAUGACCGUCCAAUAUACAUGAAUGGAUCACUUUAUUAUUUGAAACAAUGGCAUAAAACAUUUGUUGCUUGGUUACGAAAUAGUUCUGCUGACUCUCCAUUUGUUCAAGAUUGUAUUAGUACUCUAUGCAGCAGAGCAAACAAUCAAGGCAACGUCUUCAUGUCCUUCAGUGUGUUAUUGUUCGCUACUUACAUCUUUAAUUAAUCUCACAUGUAAUGAUUCAGUCAGCCAUUUGUGCAGCUUGUAUUUCUGUUGGGAACAGAGGAGGUUUUGAGUGUUAAAGUGGAAGUUGAAUGUGAUGGUGGAGAAGAGGAGGAGGUGGUAUGUUGACGUUAACCCCCCCAAGUGAAUGCAACACGGAAUGUCUUGACAGAACAGAAGUGGAGCUACACCAAUUGUAUCAAUUCAGUGGAACUACUGACAUUUUCAGGUCAUGACCUAAGGGAUAGCAAAAAGAUGCCAUUGCUUCACUUUGGAGCACAGAUCUUUUCUGAAAUGAAUCCUGCUUGUCAGCUACAACAUCAAAACCCACAAUGGUGUUCAAACAUUUCAGAAAGAAAGGCGUGAAUAGUAAGAUGGACCAGAAGAUUGAUUCCUUAGGCUACUGUACAUUUGAUUUGGUAGCUCAAUUCUACUGCAAACUGUGUUUGUUUACUACUGUUUCUAUAAUCUGUCGCUUUAAAAAUUAAACAAUUUGCUUUGACAUACAGUAUACAUUAAAACAGCGAAUCGGAGGUCUGCAUACAAGUGUAACCAAUGGCAAAUAUACGUUUGUAAGUCAAUACGAAGCAACUAAGCAAUAAUUUUAUGUACUUAUCCAAACCCUAUCAUGAUGUUGCCAAAUGAAAUGUUUCUCUGCUUUGUUCAUUAAUGGUAUUGUCAAAAUGCAACAUACCUUUUCUAGCCACAACAUAUGAUUGUACAGGGUUUUAACCAUGUAUCAGAUUAAACAUAAUAUAUUUCAUUUAAUACCAACCAAUGUUCUUCAAUAUCUAUGAUACACAUACAUUACGUAAUUCAAAUAAACCAUAUAAAGUGAUA